AUGGCGAAUCUUGCUAGCGAGGAAAAGCAGGUUUCCGCUGGAAUCAACCAUUCUGAUAAGAGCGAGAAUGUCAAUUAUAUUCAUGCCGAGGAUUUGAAGCAUGGGAAUGCCCAUGAUGUAGCGGAGAGAGGCCAUGUUGCGACGGAUCAAUAUGGAAACUCUCUUGUUCAUUUCGAUCCGAAAGCAGUUUCCAGACUACGAUUGAAGAUUGAUCUCUACAUUGUCCCGACGGUAGCGCUUCUCUACCUCUUUUGCUUCAUCGACCGAGCAAAUAUCGGAAAUGCAAAGCUUGCUGGGUUUGAAAAAGACAUCAAACUCAAGAAUUAUGAUUACAAUAAAGUUCUGUCAAUCUUUUACAUUUCAUAUAUCCUCUUUGAGAUCCCGUCGAAUAUGGCUUGUAAGUGGAUAGGGCCGGGAUGGUAUAUUCCAGCGAUUUCGCUGGGGUUUGGUGUGUGCUCGAUUUGCACCGCUUUUGUUCAUGACAUACACGCUGUGUCUGGAGUUCGGUUUCUCUUGGGUGUUUUCGAAGCUGGUAUGCUGCCAGGUAUUGCAUACUACAUGUCUCGUUGGUACACCAGAUCAGAACUCGCAUUCCGACUCUCCCUCUACAUCGUCAUGGCACCACUCGCCGGCGCUUUUGGAGGUUUGCUCGCAUCAGGCAUCCUCAAGCUCGACCAUUUCGGCGGACUCCGCACUUGGAGAAUGAUUUUCGCCAUCGAAGGAAUAAUAACCUGCCUCCUCUCCGUCAUCGCAUUCUUCACCCUCACCGACCGUCCAGCAACCGCUAAAUGGCUUUCUCAAGACGAAAAAGACAUGGCCAUCGCACGAGUCAAGGCAGAGCGCAUCGCAGCAACCGAAGUUUUGGAUAAAAUCGACAGAAAGAAGUUCUUCAUGGGACUUCUCUCUCCUGCUACAAUCGCGACCUCGUUCAUUUUCCUCCUCAACAACAUCACCGUCCAAGGUCUAGCUUUCUUCGCACCGACCAUCGUUCGCACCAUUUAUCCAAAGAACACCGUAGUCUCGCAACAACUCCACACCGUUCCACCCUAUGUCGUCGGUGCAUUUUUCACACUCCUCUUCCCAUUCCUAAGCUGGAGAUUUGACAGAAGAAAUAUCUUCUUCAUCAUGAGCGCACCGCUAAUCAUGUGUGGAUACAUCAUGUUUCUCGCCAGCGAAAAUUCACAGGUCCGGUACGGCGCAACAUUCAUCAUUGCCAGCGGCGCAUUCUCGUUCGGAGCUCUGUGUAACGCGCAGGUAUCUGCGAAUGUGGUGUCGGAUACCGCGAGGUCUUCGGCGAUUGGGUUGAAUGUCAUGGCUGGAAAUAUUGGAGGGUUGAUCUCGACUUGGUCGUUCUUACCUUUUGACGCACCGAAUUAUCAUGUUGGGAAUGGACUUAAUUUGGCUACCUCGUCGACGAUAUUGUUGUGUUCGAUUGGCCUGUUGUUUUGGAUGAAGAUGGAUAAUAAGAAGCGUGCGAGUAGGGAUAUUGAUAGUGAGCUAGCGGGACUGUCACAGGAGGCUAUCCAGGAUCUUGAUUGGAAACACCCAGCUUUUAGAUGGAGAUCGUGA